ACGAUUCAUCGCCUACCUUUCACUAACAAUGGCUACGCUAGAGAUGGCCACGACCUUCCUCGCUUUCACGGCUCCUCGUUCCGCCACCGCCCUGAACUACCGCUUAUCUUCUGCCGGCUUCCCGAUUUUCUCUAGGCGCGUUCCCGUUUCCGUCAGGGCGAAACCGUCGUUACUCUAUUCCCCUGUCGUAAACUCCAAUCGAACUCGAAGAUUCUCCUCGGCUUCCGCGUCGUCGGCGCCACCGCAAACAGAAGAUUCCGAUGUUACCACUAAGAUUCCGCCAGACAACCGGAUUCCAGCUACUAUUAUCACGGGGUUUCUGGGCUCUGGCAAGACGACAUUACUCAACCAUAUACUGACUAGAGAUCAUGGGAAGCGCAUAGCCGUUAUCGAGAAUGAGUUUGGUGAAGUUGACAUUGAUGGGUCACUUGUUGCUUCCAAAUCUGUGGGAGCUGAGGAUAUAGUGAUGCUCAACAACGGCUGCCUGUGCUGCACUGUAAGGGGUGAUCUUGUGAGGAUGAUUUCUGAGUUAGUCAACAAGAAGAAAGGAAAGUUCGACCAUAUUGUGAUAGAGACUACAGGGUUGGCAAACCCGGCUCCGAUUAUCCAAACCUUUUAUGCGGAGGACGAGAUUUUCAAUGAUGUCAAACUGGACGGAGUUGUUACUCUAGUUGAUGCUAAGCAUGCUCGUUUGCAUCUUGAUGAGGUCAAGCCCAAAGGUGUUGUCAACGAGGCUGUUGAACAGAUAGCCUAUGCUGACCGUAUCAUAGUUAACAAGAUUGAUCUUGUUGGUGAGUCAGAGUUAGGUUCAGUGGUGCAACGCAUAAAGACAAUAAACAGCAUGGCUCAGAUGACGAGGACAAAUUACGGAAACGUUGACUUGGAUUAUGUUCUUGGAAUUGGAGGUUUUGAUCUGGAGAGAAUCGAAAGCUCUGUGACCACCGAAGAUGUUAAGGAAGGUCAUAAUGAGUGUCACGACGAACAUCACCAUGAUCAUCAUGACCAUCAUCACCACAAUGAACAUGAGCAUAAUCAUUCUCAUGAUCAUGAUCACACCCAUGAUCCCGGUGUUUCUUCAGUCAGUAUAGUUUGCGAAGGGAGCUUAGACCUUGAGAAGGCAAACAUGUGGCUAGGGACGUUACUGAUGGAACGAAGUGAGGAUAUCUACAGGAUGAAAGGUCUGCUCUCGGUCCACACCAUGGAGGAGAGAUUCGUGUUUCAAGGAGUCCAUGACAUCUUUCAAGGAUCCCCAGACCGGUUAUGGGGCAAAGACGAGACUAGAGUCAACAAGCUGGUCUUCAUUGGCAAGAAUCUGAACCGGGAGGAGCUAGAGAAGGGUUUUAAAUCUUGCUUGAUUUGAAUUCUCGUAUCAUUUACAAUUCAAAUCCAUCCUAUUUCCGGCAGAUGUUGUAUCCCCUGUUGUCCUAAAGUACAAACUUUUGUUUUUCUAUUUCACUUAACUCUAUUCUACUAAAUUUUAUUCCACUAAUUCUACUAGUCACAACUAUUUCUACCC